AUGAAUUAUCUCCGGGGUGCUGUCAGCGCAAUCAGUGCCCCAUACCAGUACUACAAGGACAUAAACCCUUCAACACUCACCGGCGCCAUCGACGUCAUAGUAAUAUCCAGACCCAAGCUCGUCCCAAGCACAACAAACCCAGAUGAACAGGUCCCCGCCCCAGAUGGCGAGAGAGAGCUUGCUUGUUCCCCCUUUCACGUCAGGUUUGGCAAAUGGCAGGUCCUGAGGCCAGCAGACAAGAAGGUUAAUGUGUACAUCAAUGGAAACCCAGUACCAUUCUCAAUGAAGAUUGGCGAUGCCGGCGAAGCCUUCUUCGUUUUUGAAACGGAUGAAGACAUCCCAGAGAACAUUGUCACAAGUCCCAUCCUCGAAGCGACGAAGCCCGGCCAGGCGAACACGGCUGCUCACGUACAGCGCACUGGACGCUUCGGCGCGAAAGAGGACGGCGAGCAAACCCUACCCCAGAGCCAGGAGCUGCCUGAAAGCGCACAGGAGCCCGACUACCUCGAUCUCGACGCCAGUCCAGAGCCCAAAGAUAGCCCUCCGCCCCAACAGCCUAGUGCUGCGCAGCCGAAUACUGCGUCAGACGUAAACUCUUCAGAAGAGGCUACUGUUGAUGAGCAAGCUAAGGUAGGACUUCUGGCGCGUACGGCAGCGGCAGGCAAGGCUGCGUUGGGGAUGGCUCGUGAGGUUGAGAGGGCUGGGAAGGACAAGCUGGAGGAUCACCAGGUCAAAGAGGCUAUCAAGGAGGUAGAACGCGAGAAGAGGUCGUAUGUCAAGGACAGCGUCGUCGCUGCGAAGAACCUCUACUCCUUUCCACAGUCCAACGGGACUACUGGAGACAAAGGGGACGAGGUCCUGCCUAGUGCUCCGGAGAAGGCUGAUACUCCAGAUGUCACCUACGGACAUGACAUGGUGUUUGACGUGGAAGGCUACCAUUCCUCGAAAUCCCAUACUAAGGAACGGUCGGAUAGGACUAUCACAAGCGGCGGCCGUCGUAGCCCAUCUGUAGACUCUACGAGCAGUCGAGAAGAUGUUACACCCGGUCCUUCAAGAUCGCCCAGUCCAGAUGCUGCAGCAGGGAUCCCCUUCCCUCGGGCCACAUCUGAGCCUCCGCCAGACCUCGAAGAUGACGAGAUGCCCGCUCACCACCAUCACAUGCCUGCUCUUACCUCGCGCUACGGCACCUCUUCACGUACACACAACAAGCGGCCUACGGCAGACUCUGACGCUCUGAAACUCAGCCUUCCCGAGCGGGAUCCUGCAUUGGUCGAGGAGUAUUCCUGGGAGUGGGGUAACUUCCCGCAGAAGACGCCCGUGUGGACUGCGUUUGCGGAGAAGGACGUGAGGGGCAAGGGCAAGAGGGUUUUUCCGGAUAUUCCAGAGAGGGACGAGAACUCGCCGUCCCAGGAGGCAAAGUAUGGUUCGGGUGGGAUGCUCACGGUGGAUCGCAGAGACCCGACACGAUUCCGCGUCUUCAUCGAGGGCCACUCCAUUGAAUUCCAACUGAGCCUAGUUCCAGACCGUGCCCGUGCCUCUGGUCGCUCGAGGAGUCAUUCAGGCACAUUGGGUGGGAAGGACUCUGUAGAAGAUGCCCUGCUGUUCGAAAAGGGCAAGGUUGACUUCGAGACGUUCUUGCGUAACGAAGACAUUGUUAGGUCGGAGAAUCUAGUAUUGUGCUUGGAGGAUGACAAAUACAUUACGCGAGCGGACAACUCCCCAUUGAUGGAGGCGCUUUUACUAUGGCGUCGUGCCGCUCUUGAGAAAGGUCCGCCACAGGCCUCCUCUCGGGCUGCUUCUCCAGCACCAUUCUCCGACGAGGAAAGCGCACUAUCAGGAGACGAAAGUCGCCCGGAGCGUCCCAGACUCGCGCGGCCCUCGACGGGAGACGAGGGCAAACCUGUAGCGCCAAAGCCCUCAUCAUCAUCUUGGAUACGGUGGUGGAGCAGACGGACUGCGGACUCGACAUCUCCGACAAGACCGGACUUGAAGCAGGGGAACUCUGCGCCCUCAGAAUUGGAGAAGAAGAAUGGCGUCAAGAAAUUACAGAGCGAUUUUCAGCCGCCAUCUCGGUCUGUUAGUCCAACACUUGUGGGUUCGCCUGAACCGGCGCCCAGUACUUUGGACCUCGCACCUUCAUUCCAGCAGGAUGGCGAGCAGAAACCUCGGACGCGCUUUGCGAAGACACUGCGCUUGACCUCCGAGCAGCUGAAAUCGCUUAAUCUGAAGCCUGGCGCGAACUCAAUCACAUUCUCGCUGUCCUCCUCCGGCGCCGCGGCGUGCACAGCUCGAAUAUUUGUAUGGGAUUACACAGACAUGGUAGUUAUUUCUGAUAUUGACGGCACCAUCACAAAGUCGGAUGCCUUGGGGCAUGUCUUCACCAUGAUUGGCCGCGACUGGACGCACCUCGGCGUCGCGAAGCUCUACACUGACAUUGCGCGAAACGAGUACAAGAUCAUGUACCUCACAUCGCGAGCGAUUGGGCAGGCCGAUUCGACAAGAGAUUAUCUACGUGGCAUUAAGCAGAACGAUUACCAGCUGCCAGAGGGCCCCGUCAUCAUGAGCCCGGAUCGGCUCAUGGCGUCGCUGCACCGUGAGGUCAUUAUGCGCAAGCCUGAGAUGUUCAAGAUGGCAUGUCUUCGCGAUAUCCAGAGGCUGUUUAGUCCACUGUCCAAGAAUCCGUUUUAUGCGGGCUUCGGGAACAGGAUCACGGAUGCGCUAUCCUACCGGAGCGUCAGCGUCCCCAGCUCGAGGAUAUUUACGAUCGAUUCGUCGGGAGAGGUGAAGAUGGAGCUACUUGAGUUGGCUGGGUACAAGUCUUCGUAUAUCCAUAUGACGGACCUGGUAGACCAGAUGUUCCCACCAAUUAACCGUCAGUGGGCUCCAGAGUUCACCGACCUCAACUACUGGAAGACACCCAUCCCCGACAUCCCCCUACCAGAUCUAACACCACCCUCCCCUGCGUUGAGCGCGCGCUCCGACACCUCGAACCAGAGUACCCUCGCGCGCCUACGACACUUCAGCUUGACCGCACGCACUUCGAGCACUCCAAGUUGGCAGAACACAUCCCCCUUACCGGAAGCAGUGAGCCGAAGGGACACGCACCUGCGGCAGAUGAGCUCGUUCGAGCGUCUGAGCAGCACGCUGUCGAACCUGGCCGUGUCGGGCUCGGCGAUCGCGAGCCCGCGCACGACGACGCCGACGAGCAUGGACUCGGAGAGUGAGGACGAGGACGACCUCGAGCAGGGCCAGGUGCCGCGCAGGCGCGAGAGGAGACGCAGUGUCUCCAGCAUGCCGGGAUCCCUACCUGGAUCGUCGAGCUCGGACGAGGAGCAUUUUGGAGAGGACGACGAGGACGGCGAAGAUGAGGAUUACGGGUACGAUGGAGGCAACGAGGAGGAAGUGGCGGAGGAGGCGUUCGAUGAGGAUUUGCUCGCUGCUGGUGAGAUGCAGAAUGUGCCCUUUUUGUAG